UCCGGCGGGGCGUAAAGACACGCCCAUAAACCCUAAACGCCUAAACCCCCCCAUCUAACAUUUCUCUACUUUCUAGUUUCGACGAUCCCAUAAGGUCUCCUUUCCCCUGUCACAGACUCGCCGGCGAUUUCCUAGACCAGUUGAGUGAUAAUGGCUUCGAUGCUUAAAGCUCCCACCUUUGUGUCUCGGCCGGAGAAGCUAGUUUCCUUUUCCAUUGGCAGCCGAAGAAGACAGGAUGGAGGUGCUCCAACUGGGAGUUUCCGGAAACGAGCAUCUUUCUUCCCCGUGGCAUUAUCGUCUUCCAUGUCCACUGCAACGGUACAACACGUUCAGAAAUCUGCUACCCCAAAAACUGACAUCUCAAUCAUGGUAAAUAGCUGUGGUGGGAAAAUGGGAAAGGCUGUUAUCAAAGCAGCAGAUUCUGCUGGACUUCAUCUUGUUCCUGUAUCAUUUGGUGCAGAGGAGGAGUCUGGGCAGACUGUGGAAGUAUGUGGUAAAGAGAUUCUGGUGCAUGGUCCUUCUGAGAGAGAGCACAUCCUAGCGUCUGUCCUUAAAGAAUAUCCAAACCUGAUUGUGGUGGACUACACCGUGCCUGCUGCAGUAAAUGCUAAUGCAGAGCUCUAUUGCAAAGUUGGAGUGCCCUUUGUUAUGGGAACCACUGGUGGAGACAGGGAUAGACUAUAUAAGACCGUAGGAGAAUCGGGGGUUUAUGCAGUGAUCUCCCCACAAAUGGGAAAACAGGUUGUUGCCUUUCUCGCAGCCAUGGAAAUUAUGGCUGAGCAAUUUCCUGGAGCCUUCUCUGGUUACUCCCUUGAGGUGAUGGAGUCGCAUCAAGCUAGUAAAUUAGAUGCCUCUGGAACUGCCAAGGCUGUAAUUUCUUGCUUUCAGAAAUUGGGGGUGUCUUAUGACAUGGACGAGAUAAAAUUGAUCAGAGAUCCCAAGCAGCAACUUGAAAUGGUGGGAGUUCCUGAGGAACAUCUGUUGGGUCAUGCAUUCCAUAUGUACCAUCUGACAUCACCUGAUCAAACAGUUUCUUUUGAGUUUCAGCAUAACGUCUGUGGCAGAUCAAUAUAUGCUGAGGGUACUGUUGAUGCUGUUCUUUUCCUUGCUAAGAAGGUUAAAUCAAAGGCAGAUAAGCGCAUCUAUGACAUGAUAGAUGUCUUACGCGAAGGAAACAUGCGAUGAAAUCUGGUGUCUGCAAGGAGUCUGUUGUCUGCAUUGCCGUAUCCAGUAAAUACUCUAGCCGAAGAUAUUCAGGAUUGUGCUCAACCUAGGGAAGGCAAUUUUGAGGCUUUUCACUGUAUUCAGUUGUUUCAAUUUUAUUGGAGAACUUGAAGAACUCUUUUUUUUUUUUUUUUUUUAAUUGAACAGAACUUGACGAACUGUUGAAUGACAACUCCUGAUGGAGAAUUAUAUUGUUUGUCCAAAUUAAUACUAUCAAUUUCA